UCCAUCGGUGUUGGGGUGUUGACUAGUGUGAGCCGUGAAGGUGAUAGUCUGAAGAACAAGUGGACGCUGUUUAUUUCUACUACACCUGAACCACCACGGUUAGCAAUGGCUACAAGGGUGGUGCUGGUGGUGGUACUAUGGCUGGUGGUAGCAGGCGCUGUUGUGGCCGACUUCCCCAGACCAGAGUACAAGUACUCUUGUUUACAUUACUGUCAGUCACAGCACUAUGGUCAAUCUCUCUUCUACUGCUGCCGGGCUGCCGAGGUGUCACAAGCGCCGGUUCACUUCACCGGCGGCACGCAAACUGCCUCCGCCCAGGAUUCCUUAGCUGCUGCCACAUCUACCUUGGAGACGCGGGUCACCAUCACUGCCACUCCGCUGUUGUUGAACCUACAGGCACUGGGCGCAGCUGUUACUGAAACUGUAGUAGGCACUCUCUCUACCACAGUCUCUCCCAGCGCCGUAUCCGCCACUCUGAUUACAAACACCGCUCGAGAAGAGUUCCAGACUCACAGAGGAGAGUGUCCGCCGUCACGCGCCUUCUGUCCAGGAGCCAGGUCAAAGUUCCCACACCUCUCGUUGUGCAAGACAGACUACGAUUGUGUAGAAUCUGAUAAAUGCUGCUAUGACGCCUGCCUGAAGAACUACGUCUGCAAGACUGCUGUUGGCGGCAGAUAUCCUAGGACCGUGGACGAAGUGAAGUACGAAUCUAAGAAAUCCUACGGUUAUAAAAAGUCUACUAGAGGAAUGCGGGUCAUCCUACGGGAUAAUGGAGAACCGGUGCAUGUUGUGGUGGAUGAUAAGGAUGAACCCGUGGCAGUGGGUGAAGGCGACAUGGUGGUUAUGGUAGUUCGGGACCCGAUGGCGGUAGUCUCUGGCACUGCAGGUGUUACAGACUCUCCCGACACUGAAUACCCGACGCCUAAAUCCCCCACGCCUACAGCGACCGUACACCUGUCUGAAGAGGAUGAUGUUUACGUAGUGAAAGACGAAAAUGGCGAUGUUGUAAUGGAUGCCAAUGACAACACGUUAACGCUGGUACAACUUGGUUUAGGUCCCACGCUUCUGUUAAACGAUGUGGGGAUGAAAGUCCUGGCCGAGUUUAGUUCGUCUACAGAAUUUGCGUUCAGAGGGACAGUCGCAUACUCCCUUGUACCGAACCUGAUGGUGCAUAAACAGACGUACACCCAAGAAACUAGAACCGCAUACCACAUAACGGCACAAGGUAAAAUUAUAACCGUUGACGAAGAAGCCCCAUUAAUAGUGGUCAACAGUGAUGGGGUGACCUUCAUGCUCGACUACCUAGCAACAGAAAAUAUCCAGGCGAGUGCACUGUCUCUCAUCAGUGUUGUGGAUGCGAAUAAAGUGGAUGCCGAUAUCGUGUUGGAUGGAGAUGGGAACGUGGUCACUGAUGAGUAUGGCAAUAUAGUUACAACGAAGGAUAUGACCCGCGCUCCACCUUCACCAGACGAAGAGAUGGUCAUUAUCGACGGGGAUGGUAAUGCAGUGAAAUUAGUGGAUAUGAACGAUAUGGCAGUGAAGUUAACGGACAACCUUGGCAAUGAACCGAAAAUAAUGAAUGAAGGACUAGUCAUGAAACUCGAGAAUUCGGUCGGGGUGGCAAUCCAUGAGAUGGAUGAUGGCAUAUUUCUAAUCAUUGACGGGGAUGGACGUGUGGUGUUAGAUAAGUAUGGUCAUCCUCUCCUCGUCCAGCCGCUCAGAGAACAACCUGGUAUGGGGAACAUGUACGAGCAAGAUAUGAUGGGUGAGGAGGAAGAUUCGGACAUGGAAGAAUAUUUAGAUGAGGAAGAUGCACUUCUAAAAUGUGUAUCCGAGUAUCGUAAGCGGCAACCUACACAUUAUGGGGGGCCAGGUCUUUCUAUGCGUGAUUAUGAUGCGGAGCAGCAGCCAGGGACCACUACAGAAGCGCAGGCAGAUGAAGACGACGGUUCGGGGAUGGAGGGAGAUACAGGCACCUUUGAUUAUCCAGUUGACUCCGAAGAUGAAUACGUUGAUGAAGAGUAUGAGGAUAAUAAAAUAAUGGAUUACGACGACACUGAAACGCUUCCUGGGGGGAGACAUUUGCUUUCGGUUUUACCUCGACGAAAACGACAUUUACAUUUACAGGCAGAGUCGCUUGAUGACGAAACUCUGGAUGGAUCGGGGAGUGAAGAUGAUAUGGACACAGGCUCGGGGUACUCCAGUGACCUUAAGAAGCAUCACGAGCUACCGUCCAGGUGGGAACGUUCAGCACCUUCCGACAGUAACCAGACAAUGAUGGAUGGAAGUGAAGUGGAUGAUAAUUCAGAUGGUAAUGCCGCAAGUUCCCGCAGGCGACGCCAUACUGAUGGAAUGGAGGAAGGAUCUGGGUCAGGUGACUUAGAAGGUUCCCGAAGGCGACGACAUACUGAUGGAAUGGAGGAAGGAUCAGGUGACGUAGAUCACCGAAGGCGACGACAUACUGAUGGAAUGGAGGAAGGAUUGGGUCAGGUGACCUAGAAGGUUCCCGAAGGCGACGACAUACUGAUGGAAUGGAGGAAGGGUCAGGUGACGUAGAUCACCGCAGGCGACGACAUACUGAUGGAAUGGAGGAAGGAUCUGGGUCAGGUGACCUAGAAGGUUCCCGAAGGCGACGACACACCCAUGGAAUGGAGGAAGGAUCUGGGUCAGGUGACCUGGAAGGUUCCGAAGGCGACGACAUACCCAUGGAAUGGAGGAAGGAUCUGGGUCAGGUGACCUGGAAGGUUCCCGCAGGCGACGACAUACCCAUGGAACGGAGGAAGGAUCUGGGUUAGGUGACCUGGAAGGUUCUCGCAGGCGACGACAUACCCAUGGAACGGAGGAAGGAUCUGGGUCAGGUGACCUGGAAGGUUCCCGCAGGCGACGACAUACCCAUGGAAUGGAGGAAGGAUCUGGGUCAGGUGACCUGGAAGGUUCUCGCAGGCGACGACAUACCCAUGGAACGGAGGAAGGAUCUGGGUUAGGUGACCUGGAAGGUUCCCGAAGGCGACGACAUACCCAUGGAAUGGAGGAAGGAUCUGGGGCAAGUGACCUAGAAGGUUCCCGAAGGCGACGACAUACCCAUGGAAUGGAGGAAGGAUCUGGGUCGGGUGACGAAGAAUCUGGAGGAAGGCGUCGUCGAGCUAUUCACUGAGGUACCGGGCUCAACAUCUACCACCAUUUUGUUCUCGCAAAAUAUUUGUAAUUUAUGUUGCCAGGUUUCCAAUAUGGUGAAGUUUGACCUGAUGAAUGACUUAGUAUUAGACGAACCGGUUAACGUUGUGAGGAUAAUGAGUGACUAACCUGGCAGUAGAGGAAUCUGGAGUUCAUAUCGUCACUGGUUCUUUUCGUAGUAGUGCUCCUUUGAAAAGUUGUAGUUACUGUAAAUAUAACCAUUGGCUUCUUGGGUGUUACAGAUGGUGAUUCUUAUGAUGGUGGAAGAGUCGCUAAUGUGGUCACUGCAGCUGUCUGUCUUCCUCAAUAUGCUGGAAGAGAUGACGGGCAUAGCAGCUGAUAUCGGCCACGUGACGAAAAUUCCACACCCAAACUUUGUAUAUGCCUAGAAUUUAUGCCUAGAACCUCACUUAAUUUUACUUAAUAAAUUUCUAUAUUUUA